AUGCACAAAUUCCCUCUGGCUAAUGAGUGGCAUGUAUUGCUUGGGCAGUCUCUGCUGAGCAGAACUGCAGUGUGGUUCUCUGAUGUUGUCUCCCUUUUUGAUCAUUUCUUGGCCAGCAUGCCAUAUGAGAAACCACUGGAGAUGACAAAUGCAUUCCAGCAGAUCAUUGCCCAGCACACAGUGCUUAAUUCAAGCAUGUGUCUGCAUCAGGAGAAUGAUAUGGAUGCUAUGUCUUCAGCAGUUAUAUCCUCUAAAUGCCUUUGUGAAGAGGUAAGGAGCAUGGAUAACCCUCCUACACCCAAUAAACACUUCAAAGGAAGCCCACCCAUUGGUCUCAAAGAGUCUCAGUCUGUUGCCACAGCAGGACUCCAUCAUAGUGGAAGGGCAGGGGCAGGUUCAGGUGGAAGGGCUGAGCAAUUGGAAUGGAUUGAUCUCCCCAACAAUUCCAUUGUAAAUCCUCUUGCACCACCACCCACUCAGUGGAAAAAGGGUGGGGGCCACAGUGCUGGCCAGAAUGCAAAACUGAAGUCCAAUGUUGCCCCACCACCCUAUGCACCUCCCAUUGUGAAUGGUCCUAGCCCAGCUGACAUGCCUCCAAAUCCUGUCCCUCAGUCUUCAAUGGCAGUAGCAACUCCUGUCUUCCACCAGCACCCCACAGACUCCCAUCACUCUGGUUUCAGUGUUCUGGCUCAACAGUCAGGUGAUAUCAUGCCUCCCUGGAUGGAACCUGACUUUCAAGUGCUCAAUAAUCCCCAACUCUUCUCACUCUCAUCAAGACAAACUUUGGCAACCACUGAUGUUUUCCACAAGAGUUCAGAGAAGCUGUCAUCAGAGGGCUCCUCAGAAGAGGAGUUGGAGACCUCAAAUAAUAACCCAUCAGAUGCAGAGGCUGGUGAGGUCUCCAGUGAUGAGUCCAACAAAGAUGAAGACAAUGCAUUUGGAUGGGGUGCAAUGAAUCUUAGGCAAUCAACUCAUCCUGGCCUCUCCCAAGAAAUGAUGACAAGCAAUCCUAUUUGCCACAAUUCCUUACCCCCUGACCAUGAGUUCACAUACUCAUGUGAUGAGGAUGAUGAUGCAGCUCUGCAAAGCUUACAAUCCAAGGACAAGGCUCAGCCAGAGGGUUCCCAAUGUGGUGCUGUUCCUGGGACUGGAUGGAGGGGAUGUCUGAGGGCUUCUAUGGCUGUCUGGGUGCAGGGAAAUGACCUUCUUGAACUUGUCUCUUGUCUGUGGGCUGCACAUGCACUUUCUAACCCAUUCCCAUUGAAAUCUCACAACCUCAACCUCUCCAUAACAGAGGUGCUCAUCACUGUCAUCAUUGAGUGGAAUCAACACAGUGUGCAAUUUGAAGCUAGUUGCUGGCCUCACCACAAGCAAGAUAUGGUGCACCUCAUAAAAUUGAAGUCAGUUGUGCUGGAAACCAUGCCAUCUGUGUUCAACCUUAUCCCUCCUUCUGAUGUUGCACCAUGGGUUCAUGUACAAUGGAUAGAGACCACUGCCACAAAGCUCCUUGUCAACUCACUUUUCCUAUUGGUUUAUCAGGGAAAAACCAGGAAUUUCACUCACUCCACCUUCAAGGAAGCUGUCAUACAAUUCUACCAUACUGGCACAUAUCAAAUCAUGGAUAAGCAUCCUGAGUCCUUCAGCAAUUCAGUUCCCCUUUCCUGUCUGGCUCUCAUUGCAGCCACAUAUCAUUGUGUGUUGGAUGGAUUUGUGAAGAAUGGCACAGGAAAGACAAUGCCUCAAUUCUCUGGCAAGGCUUACAAUUCCAUUUUCCAUGGCAUGAUGAAGGUGCUGAACAACAUCCUUUGUAAUCCUUAUCACAGCAUGAGGUUGUGUGAUCAGCUUUCUCAGUGGGUGAAGGAAGGAUGGGCUGCACUGCAAGAGGUUGAUAUGAAUUAUGCAAUUGAUGCCAAUCCACCUGUUCCUGUCAUACCUGCUGUGAACUGUUGCUAG